AUGGAAAAUACCCAAGCACAGAAGAGAAAAACAUUUAGGAGGUUUGAGUACAGAGGAGUUGACUUUGAAGAGUUGGUGAAGAUGCCAAUUCAGGAGUUUGCACAUCUUCUUAAGUCAGGCGCCCGCAGGAGAGUAAGGAGGGGAUUCACCCAGAAAGAGAUCAAGUUCCUCCUGGACUGCGAGAAGUCGAAGAUGGCUGCAGAGGGAACCCGCGAGAAGCCAGAGUGUGUGACCACGCACUGCAGGUACAUGAUAAUAUUCCCGCAGAUGGUCGGGUGCGUGCUCGGUGUGUACAACGGGAAAGAGUACAUUACGUUUGAAGUGAAGCCAGAGAUGAUAGGAUUUAAGCUCGCAGACUUCAGCUCCCCGCAAAAGAUGGUGUCGCACGGUAAGCCCGGAAUUGGUGCUACUUCUUCGUCGAAGUUUGUGCCUCUGAAAUAA